AUGAGGGGGCAGGCCGUUGCUGACUUCUUAUCUGAAUUCACUGAGCCCCAAGCUUCUGCAGCUACCCAGCUCAUAACCGAACCCAAUCCCUCCCCGAGCCAGGACCAAACCCCCACCGAAAACACUCUCGACCUAACCCAGCCCCUGUGGACCUUAUUUGUGGAUGGCUCUUCUAAUGCCCAGGGAUGUGGGGCCGGCCUCGUUCUCGUCUCCCCAGACAAGGUUGCCCUCGAGUAUGCCCUCCGCUUCAAUUUCCAAGCCUCCAACAAUGAGGCCGAAUAUGAAGCACUCUUAGCUGGUCUUAGCCUAGCCAAAGAGAUGGACGCCAGGCAAAUUCAGAUCUUCAGCGAUUCACAACUCGUGGUCCACCAGGUCAACCAGGACUUCACGGCUAAGGAUGCCUCUAUGACGGCUUACCUCCAGCACGCUCGGCACUUGCUGGCAACCUUCCACGCCCACUCUAUCAGGCAAGUGCCGCGCUCAGAGAAUAGCCAUGCCGAUGCACUAGCCAGGUUAGCCUCAGCCUUGGAGCAAGGAAUGGGUCGCCACAUCCACAUCGAGUUUUUGGCCCAGCCCAGCACUCAAGCCCCACUCAUCUGCACUAUUGAUCACAGCCCUACAUGGAUGGACCCCAUCCUCCAGUUCUUGCAGAACCAAACACUACCCGCUGACCCAGCCGAGGCGCGACGCGUUCGCCAUCGCUCUGCCCGUUACCUGGUCAUUAACGGCUCCUUAUAUAAGCGGGGCUUCAGCCUCCCUUACCUUCGAUGCCUGACUCCAGAAGAAGGUCACUAUGUCCUCCGAGAAAUCCAUGAAGGCAUCUGCGGCAAUCACUCGGGCGCACGCUCGCUAGCCCAUAAGGCAAUCCGCCAAAGAUACUUCUGGCCUUCACUCCACACUGAUGCCCAGACCUUCACUCAGAAAUGCGACAAGUGUCAGCGAUUUGCCAACAUCCCACAACUCCCGGCUGAACCAUUGACCGCCAUGGUCAGCCCUUUGCCAUUUGCCCAAUGGGGACUGGAUCUCAUUGGACCCAUGCCAGAGGGCAAGGGCCAAGUCAAAUAUGCAGUUGUGGCUGUAGACUACUUCACCAAGUGGGCUGAGGCCGAGGCCCUGGCCACUAUCACUGCGGCUCGCAUCGAAUCUUUUGUGUGGCAAAACAUUGUAUGUUGCUUCGGCAUCCCCAACUCCAUCGUCACCGACAAUGGCCGGCAAUUUGACAAUGCCAAAUUCAAACAAUUUUGUUCCAACCUCAAGAUUCGUCUAUGCUUCGCCUCCCCAGCCCAUCCUCAGUCCAAUGGCCAGGUCGAAGCCGUGAACAAAAUUNUCGUCACCGACAAUGGCCGGCAAUUUGACAAUGCCAAAUUCAAACAAUUUUGUUCCAACCUCAAGAUUCGUUUAUGCUUCGCCUCCCCAGCCCAUCCUCAGUCCAAUGGCCAGGUCGAAGCCGUGAACAAAAUUAUCAAGAAGACCCUCAAGACAAAACUUGACAAAGCCAAGGGCUGCUGGCCAGAACUACUCCCGGAAGUACUCUGGUCCUACCGCACCACCUUCCGCACAUCCACGGGUGAGACGCCAUUCUCCUAUCAUUUGGAACCGAGGCCGUGGCUCCGGUAG